UGGCGGCAGAAGUGGCUGCGGCGAGUCAGGGCAGGGCCGGUAAGCGCAGCCGGAGCGAGGGCCGGAGACGGAGCAGGAGCCGGAGACACGGUCGCUGCCGGAGCGGGGUGCGCGGCGGGUCCGGAGGCGAGCGGCGGUCGAGUUCUCGUUAGUGUUUGUGAAUUUAAUGUGUGGCCCAAGACAACUCUUCUUCCAGUGCGGCCCAGAGACGUCAAAAGGCUUCCAGCGUGUGUCUUCAGUUGGAAACCUUGCGGCUCAAGGAAGACGGACCCCGCUGGGUCUGUCUACGGAUUUUGAGCAUCUACAGCCGAUCUGAAUUUAAGCGUUCCUGCUGCUCCCUUACCCUUCGGAGAGAUGUCUGUCACUUACGAUGACUCCGUUGGAGUAGAAGUGUCCAGCGACAGCUUCUGGGAGGUCGGGAACUACAAGCGGACUGUGAAGCGUACGGACGACGGCCACCGCCUGUGCAGCGACCUCAUGAACUGCCUGCACGAGCGCGCGCGCAUCGAGAAGGCCUACGCGCAGCAGCUCACCGAGUGGGCCCGGCGCUGGCGGCAGCUCGUGGAGAAGGGGCCCCAGUACGGGACGCUGGAGAAGGCCUGGGUGGCCCUCACGUCGGAGGCGGAGGGGGUGAGCGAGCUGCACCUGCAGGUGAAGGCCGCCCUGAUGAACGAGGACUUCGAGAAGGUCAAGAACUGGCAGAAGGAGGUCUUCCACAAGCAGAUGAUGGGAGGCUUCAAGGAGACCAAAGAGGCGGAGGACGGCUUUCGGAAGGCGCAGAAGCCCUGGGCCAAGAAGCUGAAAGAGGUGGAAGCAGCAAAGAAAGCCUACCACACAGCAUGCAAAGAGGAGAAGUUGGCAAUAUCACGAGAAAACAAUAGCAAAGUGGACCCAUCCCUCAACCCUGAACAGCUUAAGAAAUUGCAAGACAAAGUAGAAAAAUGCAAGCAAGACGUUCUGAAGACCAAAGAGAAGUACGAGAAGGCGCUGAAGGAGCUGGACCAGGGCACACCGCAGUACAUGGAGAACAUGGAGCAGGUGUUCGAGCAGUGCCAGCAGUUCGAGGAGAAGCGCCUGCGCUUCUUCCGGGAGGUUCUGCUGGAGGUUCAGAAGCACCUCGACCUGUCAAAUGUGGCCAGCUACAGAAACAUUUACUGCGACCUGGAGCAGAGCAUCAAAGCGGCCGAUGCGGUGGAGGACCUGAGGUGGUUCAGGGCCAACCACGGGCCAGGCAUGUCCAUGAACUGGCCGCAGUUUGAGGAGUGGUCUGCAGACAUGAACCGCACGCUCAGCCGGAGAGAGAAGAAGAAGACCACCGAUGGCGUCACCCUGACGGGCAUCAACCAGACAGGCGACCAGGCUCUGCAGAACAGGCCCAGCAGUGACCUUAGUGUCCCGAGCAACCCCCCGCGGUCAGCGCAGUCACUGUCCAGCUACAACCCCUUCGAGGACGAGGACGACACGGGGAGCACCGUCAGUGAGAAGGAGGACAUUAAGCCCAAAAAUGCGAGCAGCUUCGAGAAGACGCAGAGCUACCCCACAGACUGGUCCGACGACGAGGCCAACAACCCGUUCUCCUCCACGGACGCCAACGGGGACUCCAACCCCUUCGACGAGGACGCGGCCUCGGGGGCGGAGGUGCGGGUCCGUGCGCUGUACGACUACGAAGGGCAGGAGCACGACGAGCUGAGCCUCAAAGCCGGGGACGAGCUGACCAAGAUAGAGGACGAGGAUGAGCAAGGCUGGUGCAAGGGGCGCUUGGACAAUGGCCAGGUUGGCCUGUACCCAGCAAAUUACGUCGAGGCCAUCCAGUGACGUCCCAUGGGCUGGCUGGUGGAGGGGUGCGGCCCCCGAGCUCCAUUAGCCGGCGGCCUGGGCAGCACUCCGGCGCCUCCAGCUGGCCGUAUGGGCAGCCACUCCUGUUCCUGCAAAAGAUGAUGGUUCCGUUGCUCUUGGCUUCAUGGUGUCUCUCGAGACAGACGAGCCGGUCAUUCUCCCGGGUCCAGGCAGCCCUCCCACGGCGCGGCGGGGAGACGUGAGCACGGGAGGACGCAGCGCAGCAGACGUGGCCGGCCCCUGCCCGCUCCCCCACUCGGCGGCUCCCCGACUUGGCGUGCGUGUGGCCUCUGUGGUCUGUGUGUCCUGACCUCGUCUGUGCGCCUCGCCUUCACGCCAGUUGAGGGCCACCCUCGUUCUCGUCCCGAUGGCUCCUUUCUCUGAUGCGUGCGCCCGUCACCCUCACCUCAAAUGAACAAAUGUAUGUGCCAUUUUCUGAGGUUUUUAAUUUCAAGGCCAUGUGCGGUUGGGCCCUUUUAUUUCCUGUUCGUCGUUCAUUUAUGCUUAAAUUCUGGUGCAGAUGGAUGUGCGCCGGGCUGAGGGAGCGAUGGCCCGUCACCACGUGGCGCUGCUCCUCGCCCACGCCACGCCCGCAGCGGCUGCAGCCGGCCUGGUAGACAGGGCGCCCGAGGCAGGAGACCGCAGUGGAGGGUGGGAACACCUCGAGGUUGGGUUUCCGCUGUGAGUGUGUGGGCUUUGGAAACAUCUGGUGUAGUGGCCCCCAACGUCGCCGUGUUUGGGAACUAGUUCCUUCUCCUCGUGCUUGAUACAUGAUGCCUGCGGGUCACUCACUCUGUCGGUGAGCAGAAGGUCGGACUGAGAAGACUUGCUUUUCGGGCACAAGCACCUGUGGGUUAAGAUGCUGUGUUAGUUAGACCAUCGCGUCCUGGCGUGUGUCUGUAUGUACUGUUUGAUAUUCAGAGAAUCUAAGGAGCUUGUCUACUGUUUCCAUGAGAUUUUAAAGGCUCUUGACAGUGGAUUCAAUCUGCAAACCGCUUGAAGACCAUGGCAUUUGGGCCCAGGCCUGGCUGGUGGGCUGGGUGGGCCUCCUCGGGGCUCCGGCCAUGGGCCCUGGGCCUCUGGAGUGGACACUGCCGGGGGGAGGUCUGUCCUCCCUGGCCCACUGCGGGCCCACCCGCCAACCAGCCUUUGUCCUCCCCACGGUGGACCCCAUAAAGCUCCCAGGUCUGCCCAGGGGUUGCAGAUUUCGGUCACCCGUGUUCCUCAGUAGCAGACAGAAGCUGGGCUCACCCUGUAGGGCAGGGGUCUCUUCCGAGUGUCCCUGGUCGUCAGGGAGCGGACGUGCUGCGGCAGGAAGCUGGGCUGCGGUCGCAGGGUGGGGGGGACUCCUAUUUUGUGUGAUUCGGGCGUCGGGGAGUGGCCCCCGCCAUCACAAGCUAUGCAUCACUCGGCGUCCCGGGGGGCUCGGCGUCCCGGGGGGCUCGGCAUCCUGCCUCGGCAGCGAUGUGUGUGUGUUUACCGUGAAGACUCACCAGCAGAAAUUGGCAUUCCUUGGCUACAGAUUACCAAAAACUGUCAAGUCUUUUCAGUUCAGGAGUUUCUUUAUAGUAUCUUAGGAAAAAAUCAAUAAACAGUUGAUCUCA